AUGUCGAAGGAAGCUCCUCUCUCGGUCGCAGAGCGCGAGUUCAUCCUUGAAGCUCUGCGCCAGGAUUCGCGCCUGGAUGGCCGAGGAGCAGACCAGUUCCGUCCUCUGAAGAUUUCCUUCGGUGAGGAAUAUGGACAUGUGAAGCUGGAGCUGGGUAAGACAAGCAUUGUCGUCCGCAUCUCCUCCGAGGUCACCAAGCCCCGCGAUGACCGCCCGUUCGAUGGCCUGUUCAACAUUAAUCUAGAAAUGACUGCCAUGGGCUCGCCAGCCUGGGAAAAUGGCCGGUCCAAUGAGCUCGAAGCUUACGUGACCCACGUCCUCGACAGCGUCAUCCGUCGUUCGAACGCCUUGGACACUGAAUCGCUGUGCAUCCUCAAGGGUGUUAGCUGCUGGAGUAUCCGCGCAGAUGUGCACAUCAUUGACUAUGACGGGAACCUGACCGAUGCAGCCUGCAUUGCCAUCAUGACUGGACUCCAGCAUUUCCGCCGGCCGGAUGCCGUGGUGCGCGAUGGCCAAGUUGUGGUCUACGGAGUGGAGGAGCGAGUACCCGUUGCGCUCAACAUCACACACAAGCCCCUGUCGAUUACUUUCAAUACCUUCAAUGAGGGCCACAACAUUAUCCUUGACGCCACGCGCAAGGAGGAGCAAGCUUCGGAGGGAGAGCUUGUGGUUGGAAUCAACAAUGGAGGCGAAGUGUGCUUCAUGUCCAAGUUCUCCGGUGCCCCUAUCGAUGCGAUGGAGGUGGUGACUCGGACCCGGGUUGCUCUGGAAAAGGUCAAGGAGCUCAAUGCCCAGAUUGAGAAGGUAAUGCAAGCUGAUCUGGCCAAGCGGGCCAAGAAGGGCAUGGCAGAGGAAUCUCGGGCGGAGAAUGACCGGUGA